AUGUUGUCGAGAGCCUUCUCGAAGCCCAGGUGGAGCCCCAAGAAUGGAGAGUUGAGCCACAAAUAUUCGUCAAUGGUGCUGGAUCAGUGCGAUAUCGUGGGAUUGAUGGAGGGCAUGCCAUUGUCGUUCUGCGACCACGACCACCGCCGCGACCGCAGUGGCACGUGCAUGAAGUGCCCGGCGAAGCCGACUCUGAGAGACGUGCUGAGUUCAUCGGUGGGGGUGAUGGGGGAGAGUCCUCUGGCGAUGACGGAGAAGGUGGUGAUGUAUCGUGGGAAAAGGGUUUAUGCGGUGAAGAGGUUUAGGAAAGUGAGCUUAGGGAAGAUGGAGUUUGGGAGGAGAGUGGAGAGAGUGGCCGGCAUGAGUAGGAGGUGCGAGUAUCUCGUCCCUUUAACGGCUUAUUUGUAUGCCAAGAGGAUGAAGUUUGUCCUCACUGACUAUUAUCCCAUGGGCAGCCUCGCUGACUUGCUCGCCGGUGGAAGAGCCCUCGGCCACACCGCCCUGGAUUGGAACCAACGCCUCCAAAUAAUCCUCCACAUCGCCCGAGCCAUUGCUUUCAUCCAUUCCCAGUCUCCUCCCGUCUCCCAUGACACCAACAAAUACAUGCAGAUGAACGUGCAUGGCAACGUCAAAUCCUCCAAUGUCAUGAUCAACGUCGACUUCUCCGCCCGCUUGUCGGACUACGGCUUCGUCCAAUUGGUCGACCCUGUCGAAGACUGCGACACCUGGCAGAUGAAGCCGCCGCCUCCGCCGCCCUCGCCCUCUUCGUCAUCGCCGUCGGAGAGUUUCUUCUCCGAGAAGCUGUGCCAGAAGAGCGAUGUGUACAAUUUUGGAAUAAUAAUUUUGGACACCCUUGGAGGACCUAGGGCAGUGGGCUUGAAGCGCUGCAUAUUGGAGAAUAAAGAAGCGAUAAGAGAUAGGAAAGCGGACUUUUUCGAGUUCAGUGUGAGGGGGAAGGAGAAGAAGCAAGCUUUCAAUGUUUUGGAAAUUGGUUUAGCCUGUUUGGAUAGCACACCAGAGGCAAGGCCUUCAAUAGAACAGAUACUUCAUAAUAUCUUGGAGGUUUCUGAAAAAGCAUGA